GGUCGGACUACAGGUCCCGUCGGGCCGUGCGGGCGGCGGGGCGGGCGGGGCGGGGAGCGGAGCGCAGCGCUGCCCGCAGCGGGACCCGCCGGCCGCCUCCUCCCGGUCCGCAACGCCCAUGGCGCUGGUGAAGAGCGGGUGGCUUUGGCGGCAGAGCUCCAUCCUGCGCCGCUGGAAGAGAAACUGGUUCGUCCUCUACCUGGACGGCAGUUUGGUUUACUACCACGACGAGACGCAGCGCGACAUGGACGGCCGCAUCCACGUCAAGUACAGCUGCCGGGACGUGCGCGCCGGCCGCGAGUGCAGAGACGUGCAGCCGCCCGAGGGGAAGAGCCGCGAGUGCCUGUUGACCGUGGUGCUGCGCGACGGCUCCAAGACAACGCUUUGCGCCGAGAGCGAGGACGACGCCAUCGCUUGGAAGAUGGCCGUGCUGGAGGCUAAAGCCACCCCGGUGCACGUCUACGACCCCUACGACGACGACUACUACCAGACGGUGCCCCUGGACUCCCACCAAACCGCCUACAUCAGCUCCGGCCACUACGCCCCCCAGUACGGAGCUCCCGGGGUGACCCACGUCAUCGUGCGCGAGGAUCCAUAUCGGGUGUCCGGGGACCAGAUGGCCCUGGGGCUGCUGGCGGGGGCGGCCACCGGCGCCGCGCUGGGCUCCUUUAUGUGGAUGCCGUGCUGGUUUUAACCCCCCCCCAAAACUGGGCUGCAUCUCCCCAGCUCGGUUUAACUCACCCGCGGCUUGGAACCCACCCUGAGCCACCCUCAGCCUCCCAAAAACACCCUGCGGACAGAGAUCCAGCCCCAAACUCACCCCCAUCCUCCUCCCUGCACUGGCUUUUGCAUUAAAUAACCCCCACAUGCUUCAGAGAUCCCCCAAAACCGUAUCCCCAAACCCCCCUGGCAUCCUGUUCCCACUCAAAGGCCUGGGAGCUACCAGGGCUGGCAGCAGAGGGGAGGGUGAAGUGCAACAAGCCCUAAAACCCAACUUAAUUCAUCACCCUCACCUCAAUACCUGGGUUUUGGACAGAUGUGACAGGGAAUGCUGCACCAAACACCUAUUUUUGUGGAGACAUACAGGUUUUUUUUGCAUCGCACGGCACAGCAGCUCUGUAAGGCUACCUUGGCUUGAGUGAGGCAUUGGACACAGUGUCCCACAGCAUCCUCACAGCUGAACUGAGGGAGUGCGGUCUGGAUGAGCGGGGAGUGAGGUGACUGUGAACUGGCUGAAGGGAAGAAGCCAGAGAGUCGUGGUCAAUGGGCAGAGUCCAGCUGAGGCCUGGAUCUAGUGCAGUGCCUCAGGGGGCAGUGCUGGGGCCUGUGUUAUUCAAUAUAUUCAUCAAUGAUUUGGACGAGGGAAUAGAGUGACUGUCAGCAAGUUUGCUGGUGACACCAAGCUGGGAGGAGUGGCUGACACGCCAGAGGCUGUGCUGCCAUCAGAGACCUGGACAGGCUGGAGAGCUGGGCGGGGAGAAAUGUAAUGAACUAGAACAAGGGCAAGUGUAGAGUCUUGAAUCUGGGCAGGAACAACCCCAGGUUCCAGUGUAAGUUGGGGAAUGAGCUGUUGGAGAGCAGUGUAGGGGAAAGGGACCUGGGGGUCCUGGGGACAGCAGGGUGACCAUGAGCCAGCACUGGGCCCUUGUGGCCAGGAAGCCAAUGGUACCUGGGGUGGGUUAGAAGGGGGUGGUCAGUAGGUCAGAGAGGUUCUCCUGCCCCUCUGCUCUGCCCUGGGGAGACCACACCUGGAAUAUUGUGUCCAGCUGUGGCCCCUCAGUUCCAGCAGGACAGGGAACUGCUGGAGAGAGUCCAGCGCAGCCACCAAGAUGCUGAAGGGAGUGGAGCAUCUCCCGUGUGAGGAAAGGCUGAGGGAGCUGGGGCUCUGGAGCUGGACAAGAGGACACUGAGGGGGGACUCAUUCAUGGGGAUCAAUAUGGAAAGGGGGAGUGUCAGGAGGAUGGAGCCAGGCUCUUCUGGUGACAACCAGUGAUAGGACAAGGGGCAAUGGGUACAAACUAGAACACAAGAGGUUCCACUUAAAUAUGAGAAGCAACUUGUUCCUGGUGAGGGUGGCAGAGCCUGGCCCAGGCUGCCCAGGGGGUUGUGGAGUCUCCUUCUCUGCAGACAUUCCAACCCGCCUGGACACCUUCCUGUGUAACCUCAUCUGGGUGUUCCUGCUCCAUGGGGGGAUUGCACUGCAUGAGCUUUCCAGGGCCCUUCCAAUCCCUGGGAUUCUGUGAACUGUGUUUUUUGGGGGGGGGUCCAGCACUAGAGCAAGUACUGACGUGAGAGGCGACCCCAGAGAUGCUCGAGAGACAGGUGAAAGAUUAAGAGGGGGUAAAAAACUCAGCAGGAUUUUCCAGCCUCCCUGGGCCUGGCCAAGCUGGAGAAGUGGGGUCAAACCUCAGGAAAUUGGGGCCAAACCGUUUGGAAUUGGGGCUAAACCCUUUGGAAUCGGGCUGGGAAGAGCCCUGGGAGUGUCACAGCUUCCCCAGCAAAGCAGCAUCUUGAGCUUCACGCUGAUUUUUGAGAAGGGGGAGAAAUCACCUUGGGACAAAGAGAAGGGGGAGAAAUCACCUGGGGAGCAGGGACCCGUUUUGGCAGCCAACCCGGGGUCUGCAAAAUAUGGAUUUGGGAUUGAGGGGGGGGACACGGUGCCCUCAGGUGUCCCUGAGGCUCAGGGGACAAGGGGGAGCUCGGCUUUUUGUGCUGCGUCGGGCAGACAUCAAGGGAAGAGGGAGAAGCCGCCGAGUGUCACCCUUAGAGGUGUCAUUUUAUCCUGGAGACAACAUUGAUGUUAAAAUAAUAUCAAGAAUUACAAACAAAAAGACCACAGCCAGAUCAACAAAACCACAGUGACACCAGCACCCUGCUCUUGCUGUUUAAGCCCCGGAUCAGUUCACCCCUGUGCCUGACGGGGGAUCGGGAUGUCCCAAAAACACCGUCCCCGGUCUCCUUUGCCUCCCUGCUGCUGCUUCAAACCUGCUCCCGUCAACCCAGCGAUUUUUGGAGAGAAAACAGGAAAAUAAAAACGCUAUCAGUCAAAUAAAGGCAGCGAAAAACAA